CCGACAUUGCCAAAGUAUAGGGCCACAUCCUCAUAUCUCCAAUCUCACCCCUCUCCAUCCCCCCUCCUCCUUCCAUUCUUUCGAUGCACAUAUCACCAUGCCACUCAUUGAAGAAUUACCAGUAACAACAAACCACCACCGAGCCACCCACGGCUGGACCUACGUACCCGACAUUAGCUCGUCUCUCCUCAAUCCUCCACCUCCUCCCGCAAGUGGCGCGUCAUCCUCCUCUGCCGCCGCAGCGCUGAAAUCACGGAAACGGGGACGCGAUGGCGUCGCCAAAGCCAAAGAAGCCACCGCAACAUCUAGAACAGGAACAUCAUCACCCUUUCAGAAAUUGUCGGCGAAACAGGAAAAGGCCAUCCAACAACGGUUAAACGACCUGAACAAAGAGAAUGCUCGAGACAUGCACAUCCCCAUUCCCAAACGAGAGGCUGGCCCCCCUGGAUCAGCCAGGGCCAAAGACCGUAAACCAACUUCCAGUGUCAGGCGCAUCCUCGCAUAUAGCCGCACUUUUCAACAUUAUCUCGCCGAUGAGGAGGCUGGUGUCAAUGUCUAUGGCAACGCGGGGACUGCUGCCGCCGCAGCGGCGGCAGCGGCAUCUGCUGCAAGUGGGAGUGUAGCUCAGGCAACACUGGGCAGGAAGGGCGAUGCUAAAUUAGGGUCGAAGAAGAAGACAACGAGCGCGAAAACUGCGGCAGGAGGCAAGAAAUCCGGGACUUCGAAUACAAAGCAAUCUGGCGGGCUUGAUGUUCCUCCAACACAGGCAGUACCGACAUCGACACCGGCCUCGACGUCCAUCAAAGCUGAGCCGGAUACAGACAAACCCCAGUCCAUGGAGACGGGCGAUGUCGACAUGACAGAUGCACCGAAUCCAUCGACCACUGCUACACCGAAUAAUGUCGGAACUUUAGUACAACAACCAUCACAAUUACAAUCACAGCCGCAACCGCAACCUCAGAUAAAUCAACAAGACGCCACAGCACCUCCUCCCGCUGUUCCAUCAACAUCACAAACAGAACAGCCACCACCGUCGUCAACACAACCUCAACCCCAGCCCCAGUCCCAACCACCACCACCACGCAUCCCCUCCCCAUCCCUGGACUCGAAUCCCCUCCUCAAAACCCUCCAUCUCCCACUCCGAGCCUCGACACGACUCAUUACACAUCUCCUCUCAGAACCACCACUAUCCUACCUAGAAGCACGGGCCAAACCACUAGAAUAUUCUUCCACGACCAUCCAACCCACCGGCACCAACACGCUGAUGGCCAAACCGGCCCGACACUUUUGCGUCAUUUGUGGAUAUUGGGGUAAAGUCCGGUGUGGAAAGGGGUGUGGCGAUAGGGUUUGUGGGCAGAUGGAGUGUUGGAGAGCGCAUGAAGGGGUUUGCACUUUGGGGGCGUAUUGAACGAGGCAUGGAGAGAUGGAGAGAUGGAAGGAAGGAUAGACUUUUGGGUUUAACCAUGAGGAUAUCAUAUUUGUGUUCUUGAGUUGCUGGGUGGAUGAUGAUUACCAUGACAUGACACGAAACGUAAUGAUCACGACGGGUUGCAUGCCGAGUACUGUAUAUUAAUUAGUUAUUGUAAGAUCAAAUCGGCGGUCUUUGUUCUACGCC